GUUCGUCGCUGACCACUGUCCGGUGGUGACCGCCGGUGGCCGCUGCCCCCGGCCCCGUUUCUCCACGUCUCUGUCUGACCGUCUGCUGUGGGGAGUGAGAGUGUCGUCAGUGAGCGCAGACGGCAGCGGCAGUCAGUUCCUCUGUCUGGCGGUGACCGCCGACGGCUGCCUCUCUCUCCGCUCGAUCGGCGUGCCCCGCCCCGCGCCCCCGGCGGCGGCCGCCCCGCCCCCAGAGGCCGGCCGACCCGCCGCUCCCCGGCCAGUGUGCAGCGGUGGCUGCCGAGCGACGGCGGCGCUUCCGAGGAACCGGCAGACUCACCAGGGAUUUCGUGACUGGCGUGAGCCGACCGGUAGUGGCGGCUGAUUCGUGCUGGCGUGUGCAUGGACUUCUGAGGUUCGUAGGGAGUGCCAGCCUUGGUGAUAUCUUCACUCGUGUGUGGAUUUGGAAGUCUUCUGUGGUCGGCCAAGGUUUGUGGAGGCACUUUGAGGUGCUCUGAAGUCUGUCAAAGUUUCUCUCGAUUAGCGAACGAUUGACAUUUAAUGGACAUUUGAAGAUCUACAACCUUGGUAGGCCGCUCGCUAAUAAUCAGUGUUAGUCUACGUCAUCCGCUAUCGCCUUGGUCAGCUGGAAUCGGUGUGGACUACUCUGAUCUACCAAAGCAACUGUGGUCUGCCUGCCUGGGCCAAGUGCGACAGAAAUUCAACUUGUGUCUUCCUGAAGCCUGUGUAGCCACUGGAUACCAUCGGUCGCCAUGUUGCAGAAUAAACGAGAGAUGUUCUUCCGAGGCGAGACGCCGCCAUCGGUGGCGCCGCCGCCCGUGCCCAAGGAGAUGAACAACACGCCGGCCGCCCCCGCCCCCGCCCCCGCCAAGGAGGUGCGAGAGAACAACAAGGAGAACAGGCCGGAGGUGGCGCCGAAGCCGGACCACCCUGAGCCUUCCAAGGGCCCGGCGCCGGAGCCGCCGCGCCGUGCCGACGAACAGAACCGUGAGCGGCAGCGAGGUCCUCAGCGACGCACCAAGCAGCUGGACGGCUACGUGGGCUUCGCCAACCUGCCCAACCAGGUGUACCGGCGAGCCGUCAAGAAGGGCUUCCACUUCACGCUGAUGGUAGUCGGCGAGUCCGGUCUCGGCAAAUCGACUCUAGUCAACUCCAUGUUCAUGUCAGACAUCUACAACAACGAGUACCCCGGCCCUUCACACAGGAUCAAGAAGACCGUGGCGGUGGAUAAAACCGUUGUUCACAUGAAGGAGAAUGGCGUUAACUUGAGUCUCACUGUGGUCGAUACGCCCGGCUUCGGAGACGCGGUGGACAACAGCAAUUGCUGGCAGCCGGUGAUCGAGUUCAUAGAGUCCCGGUACGAGGAGUACCUGAACGCCGAGAGCCGUGUCCACCGCUCUGAGGUGGUCGACUCGCGCGUCCACUGUUGUAUCUACUGCAUCGCUCCCUCCGGGCACGGCCUCAAACCGCUCGAUGUCGAGUUCAUGAAGCGGCUUCACGAUAAGGUCAACAUUGUUCCCGUCAUUGCGAAGGCGGAUACCAUGACACCAGAGGAGAUCACCAGGUUCAAACGGCAGAUUCUGAACGAGAUCGCCCAGCACAAGAUCCGCAUUUACGAGUUUCCCGACUGUGACGACGAGGAGGAGGCCAAGGCGCACAAAGCGCUCAGAGAGAGGGUGCCGUUCGCAGUGGUCGGUGCCAACACAGUUGUCGAGGUGGACGGGAAGAAGGUGCGUGGCCGCCGCUACCCGUGGGGCGUGGUCCAGAUCGAGAGCAUGGAACACUCGGACUUCAUCCCGCUCCGGAACAUGCUGAUCCGAACACACAUGAUGGACCUGCGGGACGUAACCAGUUCUGUUCACUAUGAGAACUACCGGUGCCGUAAACUGGCCGGGGUCGGUACGGAUGGCAAGCCGGCCAAAAUCGUCAACAAGAACCCGCUGGCCCAGAUGGAGGAGGAGAAGAGGGACCACGAGCUCAAGAUGAAGAAGAUGGAGGCCGAAAUGGAACAGGUGUUCGAGAUGAAGGUCAAGGAGAAGCGCAACAAGCUCAAAGAGUCCGAGGAGGAUCUGCAGCGGCGCGAGGAGCAGAUGUUGGCCCCGCUGGAGGAGCAGCGCCGGGAACUGGAGGAGCGCCGCGCCGCGUUCCGCCGGGAACGGGACGACUGGGAGCGGCUGAACGGCGUUACUGUGGCUGAGCUUCGCCGGCGGGAGCUCGAGUCCCACAGCAAGGACGGUGGCCGCUCCCGGUGGAAAGUGUCCGUGUCUAAGCUGUCCGGGGUCCUCUAAGACGGCCCGGCCCACGGCGGACGGUAGAUGGGAAAAAGAAGAAAAAGGGCCUCUUCUAGUGUCUGUCCUUUCGCGCGGUGCGCCGGCCGGCCAGGCGCGGUGCCUCGCUGGGACGGGGGCGGCCGGCGCCCCGCGUCUGGCAGUGCGCAGUGUGACAGAGACACCCAGUGCGCGGGUACUUACGGCAACUGACUGUGGCUGCGCGGAACUGCCGCGCGCUGACAGUGGACUGUGUCGAGCGCGAACAGAGGUCUGUGGUGCGAUGUGUGGGAGGUGAUGAUGCUCAGAUGCUGCAGAAUGGACGUGACUGCGAUUUUGUGACAAUGAACCUGUGCAAGAUGCUGUGAAUCUGCAGAUAUGUGUUGUGGCGUCCGUGAAACGGUUAGCGAUGUCUGUACUGAGCGUAUGAAUGGGUGAGAUUGUUUUACGCGGAGUGAUCUGUCGGCGCCUCAUUUUGGAGUCGCUGAGGGCUCCGCGGGUGUCAGUGCGGUGUUAUGGCGUCUCCGGUGCCCUGUCCCCGCGGUCGGCCGGCUGCUGCCGCCUCGGUCACUCGAGACGGAGGGCAGCCCGUCGGCCGCCUGUGCCGCCGGUUGUGUUGGUAGUCUCCCGAGUGAGCCGACAGCCCGUCAUUCGACGUCAGCAGACCGUCAUUCGCCGCCGGCCGUAAUCCUUCGUGUGUUUGGUUACGUGCCAUGAGGAACUAUGGGCCACGUGCGCUAUUUUCUCAGAUUUGUAUCACAUUACGGUUUUGUACAAAAUACAUAUUCCUUCGUUUACUGUUG